AUGAAGCUCACUAGCCUUUAUCUAGCCUUGCUGAUCCCACUACUGUCUUUGAUAUUGAGAGUACAGGCUGGAGUGGUGGACAACUUCAACCAUGAAGAGCGCUGUAAGGAUUUUCUUUAUAUGGGCACUCCACCAAAAGGUUACCUCAGUACCUCACUAAAAAAGAUUUGCCAGCGAUAUAUGGACAAGCCACGCUUCAUCACUUUCUAUGACCCCCAAAAACACAUUCCCAUCUACUCAGCCUACAUCUUCAAGAAAUCAGAUGGUGAGAAACGAGUGGACGUUCCUUGGAUGUUUGAACCACAGCUGGCAACUGAGAAGGGUAGCAGUAGUAUGGAACCCUUCCCCCAGUCAUCCUUAAUGCACAAAAACUUUGAAGACACACAAGCUGUGUUGGAAGACUAUGCUGAUGUGAUCCAAUAUGAACGUAGCCAACUGAACCCAGAUCAGCAUCAGGCAGACCCACUUGACAAGGCAGCCACGUACACCUUAACAAAUGUUGUUCCCCUGAUAAGGGAGUUCAGUUUUGGUCCCUGGAGCAAACAGGAGGAGGCAAUCCGCAAACGACUCAACAACUAUUGUCAUGGAAAGGCUUAUGUAAUCACUGGGGUUACGAUGUCCGGUAACAUGAUCCGGCGUGAUAACCUGGAUCGCGUGGCCAUCCCAGAGUACAUAUGGACAGCUUAUUGCUGCACGGAUUAUGAUCACAAUGCUCCUUACUCAGAGCGCUACAAGUUUCCGUCAUUUGGUGCCUAUGGCCUAAAUGAUCAUGUGAACAACCAGAUAGUAGAGGUUCCAACUAAGAAUCUGGAGAAAUUUCUCAAGGGCAAAAUGCAGGUGGACAGGAACUUCCAGAUUUUUUAUAGCGACUGUGUGUCUGACUCCUAA